AACAAAGCCGGCUGCAAAGAUCCUUCAAGUAUGUCAUCCUUCACAGCGUAGUUUGACUAGUUUGUCAUCCUUCACGUAACUUCGCCCUCUCCCUCUCGGUUGGUAUUUGUAUCGGUGCAAAGGUGUCAGAGGAGGCAAAUGGCGACGCAAGAGUGGGAGCCGUGGGCGGAGCUCAAGGGGAAAGUGGUGAUGGUGACGGGGGCCUCAUCAGGGCUCGGCAACGACUUCUGUCUCAACCUCGCCAAGGCCGGCUGCAGAAUCGUCGCCGCCGCUCGCCGGGUGGACCGACUCGUCUCCCUCUGCCACCAGAUCAAUCACCUCCCUGAUCUACAUUCUUCUUCUUCUUCUUCGGAUUCCGAGCCCAGAAGCCCCCGAGCUGUGGCUGUGGAGCUGGACGUGUGCGCGGACGCUCCCACCAUCGAGAGCUCGGUAUGCAAGGCUUGGGAUGCUUUUGGGCAUAUUUAUGCGUUGGUCAACUGCGCGGGAGUUAGAGGUAAUGUGAGAUCUCCAUUGGAAUUGUCUGUGGAUGAAUGGGACCAGGCUGUCAAAACAAACUUAACAGGAACCUGGUUGGUAUCAAAAUAUGUCUGCAUACGGAUGCGUGAUGCUGAGCGGGCAGGAUCAAUCAUCAAUAUAUCUUCUAUUGCUGGCCUUAACCGUGGCCACUUGCCUGGAGGUGCAGCCUAUUCUUCUUCAAAGGCAGGCCUAAACACCUUGACAAAGGCCAUGGCUCUGGAAUUAGGACUAUACAAAAUUAGAGUGAAUUCGAUAUCACCAGGGCUUUUCAAAUCUGAGAUUACUCAGGGUCUUAUGCAAAAAGAUUGGCUGGAUAACGUGGCCAAGAAAACUGUCCCUUUAAGAACUUUUGGCACCUCAGAUCCAGCAUUAACAUCACUUAUUCGAUACUUGAUACAUGACUCUUCUGAAUACGUUUCGGGCAACAUUUUCAUUGUUGAUGCAGGUGUCACAUUACCAGGUGUCCCCAUUUUCUCUUCCCUUUGAAAUUCAUGUUAUCUAAUGACACAACUUUGUAAUAAUGGCAUAAGUCGCUAUUCUAGUCAAAUAUUUUAGUGGCUUAUGAGCAUCGCAAGUAAACUAGUUGGAGGAAAGAUAUAUGAUAAGUUUAUUCAGGUGAUCUAUUA